CUCUCUAGCCAGUCUUCUCACAACACAUCUUCUAUUGGUACAAUAGUCUCGUCUUACACCAUCUGCACUCAGUUGUAGUUGAUAAUCACAUCAAUGGCCUCCACUAACAGCUGGACCCUCGAGCUCGAGUCAAAGGUGUCUGCGCCGCGCAAGUUCCGCGCAUGUGUCAUGGAUUGGCAUACUCUAGCACCCAAGCUUGCCCCACAUGUCAUCGACAACGCCCACCAUGUUGAGGGAGAUGGUGGCACUGGCACCGUGAGACACUACAAUUGUGGCUCAGCCGUGCCCUUCAACGCCAUGAAGAAGAAGGUCGAGUUCCUCGACGUGGACAAGUGCGAGUGCAAAUACACCAUCGAGUGUGACGGUGUUGAGACAUCCACGUGGAACAUCAAGAUGAAGCCAACAGCCAACGGUGAGAGUGUGGCAAUUGUGGAAUGCACGUCCAAGGGCGUGCAGGCUAACGACAUGAUGCUCAAGGCCAAGGAGUCUGCUGCCGAAAUGUUCAAGACUGUUGAGGCCUAUCUCAUAGCCAACCCGAACGCCUACAACUAAGUCAGGAAAGAGGGAUCAUACAUAAUAAUGCCGCUUUCUCCCCGAGCGAAUAAAACUGCUCCAACCUCAGUGGUAUGCUAGAGCAAGCUGGGUGUGGACUUAUGAAGUUAAAUAAAAAGAAGUCGGGUGUAGACCUCGGCGUGUUUGUUUCCAACUUGUGUUGCCUGCUUAUGUAUCUUCAUGAUGGUUCUGCACAAGAAUAAAAGAAAGUAUCUGAAAUA